CGCAAGAGGUCAUGGAGAUGACUGUGAGGAUUUAUAUGGUUAGAUGGAUGUUCUCAGCGUGCUUGAGGCUCCGAAUGUCUAGUCAGUAGGCAAUGUUCAGCUGAAUCAUGUGUGGGUCUACCUAUGGUAUAAACUCCGUCCUGCACCCUUGCGGUAAUGAGCAUCGCACUAGCAUAGCUACAAGUAAACGGUUCAUUCCCCUCAUCUGGAAGCAUCGCACUUCCAAAAUACAUCCACAUUCACGAGUAUGAAGACAACCGCUGCCAUAGCCAUCGGCUUCAUCGCUGCAGCCUCAGCCAACCCUCUCAACCUCAAUACUCGGUCGAAAGCUGGUAGCUCAGGCUGCGGCAAGCCUCACAACUCCGGCUUCAAUUCGAAUCCCGAUAGCCACACAAUCACCUCCGGCGGACGCGACCGAACGUACGCAGUUCGCGUCCCGGAUGGGUACAACGACGACCCCAACAAACCCCGUAAGGUGAUCUUCGACUUCCACGGCCGCAACGGGAGUCCAGAAAAUCAGUACAAUAAUUCACAAUACGACAAGUAUGACGCAGGAAAGGAGUAUCUUGCCGUUUACCCCGCAGGCAUCGACGAAGCGUGGCAGGGUGCGCCGUACGCUGCGAAAGGCGUAGAUGAUGUCUUGUUCGUGAAGGACUUGCUUGCGCGCAUGCGCGAACAAUACUGCAUCGACGACGAUCACAUUUACGCAUCUGGCAAGAGCAACGGUGGAGGUUUCGUUGACACAUUAGCUUGUUCCGAUGAGGGCGAUGAGUUUGCGGCUUUUGCGAUGGCAGCUGCGGCGUUGUACGAUGACAAUAGCAAGGAUCGCUGCGACAAGAAGCGCGCUAUCCUCGAGGCGCAUGGCGGGAACGACACGACUAUUCUUUACAAUGGUGAGAAUCCUACGAAGACUGGAGGCGCCGUUCCGAAUAUUGAUGAAUGGGUUACUUGGUGGGGACAGCGCGAUGGGUGCGCGGCGGAUGAGGGAAGAACUACGCAGCACGACGGGUACGAGACGACGACUUUCGCGUGCGAAGGGCUGAGGGCUGUUGUCAAGCACUACAAGAUCAAUGACUUGGGGCACUGUUGGCCGUCCUCCACUGGCGAUAACUCGGAUGGCUCCCGCUCCUACUGUGGAGAUCAUUCGCUGGAUUUUACACCACGCGUGCUAGAUUUCUUCGCCACGUGGGACUUGACGAACGCUCCUAAGAACUAGGCCUGAAAUUCAAGAUUAUCUGUGUAUACCGGCUUAGGUAUGUUCACAAUGUAUGUUCGGAGUCCUUGCUCCUGUUAUUUGACCAGCGUGGGCCGCUUUUGCUCAAAUUCCGGAAGCGAACAAUGACAGUACUAAGUCUCAUCCCUAAAAGCUCACUAAAUGUGCUUAUCAAUU